AUGUUCUUUUGGGAGCAAAUCUACAGCCGCCUCAUUUUUCAAAGCGGCGUAGGUUUUGUAUACCGCCAACUAUUCAUGCACCCGCCCCCAAUAGCAGCAGGAGUCAAACUCGACAGCCAAACAGCCAUCAUCACUGGGUCAAACACCGGUCUGGGACUCGAGGCAGCACGACAGCUCCUACAGCUAGAUCUCACUCGGCUCAUCUUAGCCGUCCGAUCCGAAGCCAAAGGCAACCUCGCAGCAGAACCCCUUCGUAAUGAGUUUCCACACGCCCGAGUCGAGGUCUGGAUCCUAGACAUGGAAGACCCCGAGUCUAUCUCUGCAUUUGCUACAAGAUGCCAGGCGCUGCGUAGGCUUGAUAUUGCUAUUCUCAACGCCGGAGUGCAGAACAAGGACUGUGUCAUUUCUUUCAAAACAGGAAGAGAGCAGACCUUCCAAGUAAACUACCUCUCAACAAUAAUGCUAGCUGUGCUUCUUCUGCCGAUACUGAAAGCCAAAGGGAGGCUGGCUGGCAAGCCUGCCAGGCUCACAGUAGUGACGUCUACGACUGCCUAUUUUGCGGAUUUCGACCUCGAGAAAGCAAUUUUACCGCAAUUUGACGAAAAGUACGAUGUCACCAAGUGGUAUGCGCGAGAGAAGUUGCUGCAAAUGAUUUUUGUGAGAAGACUGGCGACCAUAGUUGAUUCUGAUGAGGUUAUCAUCAAUACAGUUUGUCCGGGGCUGGUUGGGGGUACAGAAAUCUGGCGGACCUUGAACACAAGCUCUUUAUUCCAAUACAUCCUCCCAGUCUACUUUACUUUGUUUAGUAGAAGUCUGGAAGAGGGUGCGAGUACGUACGUUCACGCUGUGGUGAUUGCAGGCCGAGAAAGCCAUGGAGGCUUCUUGAGUGAGUGGGGAGUGCGUCCAUUUCCGGUUGUCAUGUAUUCAAAGCGUGGCGAGAAGUUGAUCAAGAAAGUUCUGAGCGAAAGCAGAGAGCUGCUAGGAGCUAUGAAUAUCCCAAAUGCAUUGAUACAA